CAAUGUGUAGAGAGAGAGAGAGAGAGGAGAAUUGCAUCUACAAGGGUUCGAUCUUUAAUCUACUAUCAUUGUCACCAUAGCUGCAAAAGAGAAGAAGAAAAAUGAAGAGAAGGGAGAACGACUGUGCAGGGAAAAAUGAAAAGAGGCAUGAGAAUGGUGCAGGUAAACAUGUGAAGAAGUUAGGGUUUGUAUUAGAAAAAUUUUAUACCAACGGUGAGGUCUUAGAUCUAAAUUUUGAUGACUAAAAUUGAACUAAAUUAUUUACACUACUAAAUAAAAAAGAAACCAGUAAUAUACUUAGCCCAUCAAUAUCUCGGGGAAAACUUUCCCGACCGCUGCAUUCGUCAACAGUAUCAUUUAUAGCUGAAAAGUAAAAAUGCAAACCCCAUUCAAAUUUUCCUGCCCAAAGAAUGAAUGUAGGAGGCUGACGUGGCAGAGCAUUUAGGCGGGAUUAAUGUAAACAUCCCAUGUUCACGUUAGGAGUAAGAAGUAAAAUUGCAACUGUCGUUCUUCCUCUAUCUCCUUCCUGUUCCUUUCACUUUCUCGCAUCAGAAACUCCUUCGUUCUUCCUCUACCUUUUUGUUUUGCAGAUAUCUCCUUCCUAUUCUAUCAGUUUCUCGCAUCAAAAAUCUCCUUCCUAUUCCCAAUUUCAAACAAAUCGAAAUCCCUAAUUAUAACCAAGUCGACGGGAGUGGGGAGAUCGCGAUUGGGAGUACAACGGACGAUCCCAGCAGCGGAGAGGUUGUCGAUGAAGGCAACUUUCGUCUCCGGUAGCCAGCCCACCUCCCCAGCAGGUUCCAGAAUACCUCCAGAGAUUCGCUGCUAUCUUCUCUGUCGAUUGCUGUAGCAGACGAUGUAUAACUGCCGGGCAAGAAUAACAAUGACGACGUAGGCACUGAAGAAACAAAACCACUGAGAUCCCCGAUCGCAAGUUCACUCAUCAUGUAUGUUUUGUUCGCUGAUGUAUCGUUGAAUAGAGUAUUUGUUUGUAUUUGAAAAUUUUGUGCCCCUCUUCUGUGAUAUUUGUUAUGUUUUUUGUGUUGUUUAUGGAUUCUCCUUUCCCGUGCUUUCUUUCAAUUUGAUUGUGAUCAAGGUGUCCUUUCUAACAUCAUAGUUUGAAUGUCGGCAAUCAGUCCUAGAUAUCCUUUCACCUUAGCAUAGUUGUGGGAGGAACUGGGAGGAGAGGGAUGAUAGUCUCCUUUUCGAUUUUGAUUUUGAUAGUGUGCAUAAUGCAUCUUGGAAAAUUUAAAAGGUUUGUUUGUUUAGGUUAAGAUUGUAUGUAUCCUAUAUAUGCCGUGUGAUGUGUGGCAGGGGUCAAGUGACAUUGUUCAGUUAGGAAAGAUUUUCCAAGCAUUUGGGUCUCCAACACCUUCCCAAUGACAUGACUUGGUAUACCUUACUGAUUAUGUAGAGUACCAAACAGUUCCCUUGCAACCUUCGCGUAAAUUGUUUCCAAUGGCUAGUGAGGAUGCCCUGGAUCUGUUGUUAAAGAUGUUCACUUAUGAUCCAAACGCUAGGAUCACAAUCCAACAGGCAUUGGAACCAGGUACUUCUCAUCUGCCCCUUUACCUACGGAACCAGCUAAGCUUCCCAUACCUGCUCCCAAGGGGCAACCUCUCAAUGCUGGUCCAACUGUUUUAUCAUCUCCAAGGAAGACGAGAAGAGUGAUGGCUGAACGUGAAAGCUUUGAUGUAAAUGUCCACCAACAACUUGAUAAGAUUGAUGAAAAUGCACAAAUGAGACAACAUACAGUUGUUGAUAACUCGGGCAGGACUGACCACAUGCCAAUGUCAGUAGAUCUUUCAGUGUUUCGGAGCAUGACCCAUGACCAACAAUUAACAGGUAAAACCACUCCCUAGAUAUUUGCAGGAGAAUGAGAUUGUAUGCAAUUGUUAAUUGACCAAUCUUCGGGUUGUAGCUAGGGUGAUUUUGUUUGCGAUAUAUAGAUCCCAAAUCUGUGUUCCUCUAUGUGCGGGUGACAUAACUUUGGUUUCGUUAUAGAAAGAAAAAAGAAACAAGUUCGGAUUUGAUUCAUAGUUUAAAUUCUCAAUGCGCAGGUGAACUUUGAAUUUGAUUUGGAGUAUGCACUUUAUUUGAAAAACGUUUCAUUGGUUCAAGUAGUGCCUAUGUAGGCUACCAAGUGUUUGAAAUACAUUAAGGUUGGCUUGGAUCCACUAAUAAUAACUAAAAGAGAUGUGAAUUCUUAACAACUUUAGUGCUGGUCGAUGUACAAUUAGUCGCACACUUUUAAUGUUGUAACCAAUGAAGUUCUUAUACUCAACAGUGGAGUAUUAGUAGUAGUUUAUUAUGAGAAUGCCAAGUAGCUAAUAGAAUAUGGGAAGUAGCAUUAAACUUAAAUGACCAUGUUUGCACCUGAUCUUAUCUUUUCUUCUUCCUGCGUGCUAGGCAAUGUUCUCCUCUGUUGUCCAAUGAAUUUUUUUAUCCAGAACUUCAAAACAGAUGAUAAUAUAUAUAUGAAGUUUUCCUAUUUUUGUGCAGUGUUGACAGAUCCCACCUGAAGAGGAAAUUAGAUCUUGAAUUCGAGUAGCCAUAUUAAUGGCCUUACCAUGUGCAUAUAGAUUACUGAUUUGCCGCGCACUGUGAUCGACUAUUGCUGCUUAAUCAGGUAUCUACCGAUCUCUCCGCCACUCUAUACUACAACUUCCCUAACUAUAAUUAAUUGUGUCGAGAGCCAGCGGUAUGAACAUGCAAAGCUUACACAGGAAGAAGCAUUGGCAUUCUUGAGUUCAAACUAUUGCAGUUUCCAGCAGGUCAUUAUUUGGUUUGAGAGGAAGGAGUGAUGCGUGGUGAUUUUUCUUUCUUUAUGUAUCCUCAAAAGGCCCGGUCUACUUCUUACCCUAAUCCAUGAUUGCCAAUUAUUUUUGUAAUGAUCUUGAUUGUAAGACAAACAGAUGAAGUCGAGAGAGCUAUAUCGGAUUUGAUUACAUGGAGUCGGUUCUCUUUUCGACUUCAUGAAGGAAGACAACUAUAAGCGGGAAACCUUUUGUACUUGACAUGCCUGUACUAAUAUCUAUUUGUUGUGCUGUUCUUGCGUUGUUGCAAAAUAUUUACUGGUCUUCACUGUAACUUGGAAGAUUUGAUAUGGAAUUGAGACGUGUGCUUUGAUACAAUUCUCAUUACCAAGACAAUUUAAUUUGAAGGCCAAGAAGAGUGGUGCUAAUUGGAGAUCAAAGUUCUAUAAAGAUUCGAGGUCGAA